AUGUACGUUGGAACUGAGCGAGAUCCACCGGCGAUCGGUGAGAAUUGGUGCUUGAAACGAGUACGAGCAGUCAAGGAGAAAUUGAAGGCUAAGAGCAAUUCACUCCAAUCUGACGCUGAAUGGCUCCUUGAUCGUCUUAGUCAGAGUUCUCGGAUUGGAUUUUUGUUGCAUUACUCGACAAGUCGCAAUGAUUUUUCCAUCGCCGACUGGGAAAACAGUCAUAAGAAACUUCUGGCCAUAAAAGAAACUGUGGAGGAAAUGCAGUUCACCUUCAAGAAAAUGCUUCAAAGCCUUGAUAUGCUUGAGAAGAGAAUGGAACGACUGGAAGAGUGGAAAAAUGAACCCGCUGCAGAAGCGCUCUCUUUCGACGAAUUCGUUGCGAGCUGUAAUGCGUGUGAAGUUCGCCAACCUGGCAGUGUGGUAGAUUCUUCCAGGGACGUGUUGAUUCACCGCCUGCAAGGAUUGUGUGAUUCGGUAGCUGGUGGACCAGAAUUUUUCCAUGAGCAUGAAAUGGUCUACACUCUAUACCCACCCAUGGCCAGUAAUUCGGGUAUUCCUUCCGCCGGGCAGCCGCUGAGUAUGAGAAUUCGACGCGCAUUAAGCGGUGGGAGUAUUGAUCCCAACAAUACGCCGUGGAUUUUACGAUAUGUUGGAAAUCCGGAGAUGGGUGAUCAGAAACGAGCAACAGUCAUACGAAAUUGUAUUGACGUUCCCUGCAGCCAAAAUAUUGGCGAAUUUUUGCGAGAACUCGGGUUUCAAGUUGAAUAUGAAUACGUAGCAAAAGGUCAUAUGUUCAGAAAGGGGCGAAUGAAGAUCACGGUGGCUAAGCAAUAUCGGAUGUUGACGACGCAGAACAAGAAUCCUCCGGAAACUACGUUUGAACCCAUAUCAGGAUCUCAUUUAGUUGAACUCAGUGUUGCAACAUCCAGAGCCCAUACAGUGGAAUCCGUUCUCGGUGAAGACAUGCGGGCUUUUGCGGAGCAACUGAAGCCCCUGGUACACCUUGGGAAAAUUGAUCCUCGACGUGCUCCAUAA